GUACAGCGAGGAAGUCGGUUUCAUGUGAAAGGAUAUUUAGUUAAAGAACUACUCAGAGAUAAUUGUGUCCUUAGUCACAAUAAAACUUCACUUCAUCUGCAUGACCCCGCGAGACUACCGUCAUCGCCCUCCUGCAUCAUUAUCGCGAGGUUUGAUCAGCUGUUAGGUCUGUUUUUAGAGUUUCGUGCUUGGAUGGUCAACACGUGGGGAGGAUAGAGAAAGAGGCAGUGUAGGGGGGGCACACGUUGGGAUUUAGUCGGGCCCGGAAUACGUACGUUUAUAUCACUACUUUAAUUCACCGUGGUGGCGCGGAGGACGCUUGUAUACUGUGUCGUUGCUAGGCUCCUGAGGAGAUGCCACUGAGGUUCCGGUCUAUUGUCCCGUACACGCUGCCUGGAGUGUUGGCGCUUAUAGGCUGGUGGUGGUACAUCUCACGCAAGAAAGAGCGAAUCACCAACCACGACAGCGAAGAGGGGGCAGCGGCCAUGGGCCUGCUGAUGUCCCCGGCUCUCAGUGAGGGCAGCAACGGUCUGGUAGAGAAAGGGACAGUGUCCCCCUGCAGGACAGCCAUUACCCCAACAACCAGCAGCAGAGUGAGACCAUCCAAGGCCAACGAGCAACGGUCAACAGAACAGGACGUCGUAGCGCAGAUUCACAUCCCGGCCAUUAAGACCGAGGCAGUAGAAGUACAGAGUACAUCCUGUUCACCUACAGAGAGGGCCUCCCACCAUCCAGACAGAGCCAGCACAGUCACAGACCCUGGUGUAGAUAGCUGCCGGCAGAGACCAAGGAGCAGUUCUCCCGCAGCCUCGCCUUUACCAACACAGACUAGGGAGGAGAGCUCGGGCCCCCCGGGAGAACACUGGGCCACUGUGCAGAGCCCGCCAGCCACGAUUGCCUUGGUUACAGUGCCGGUGAAAUCAACGGUUACCGAGCAGGUCCCUGCUCUAGUGAUAGAGGCCAUCGCCACAGCAUCAGAAGCACUUGUUCUCUCCCAGACGGCCCACGCCACGACAAGUUCCUCCAUAGCAGCAGACCUGACGAAUGCAGAGAGGCCCGAUCCAGAGGGAGAGGUGGCAGCAGCCCAUGAGGCAGCAGUGGCCUUCACACAGAACCUGCUGGUGGAGCUAGUGGCUAAAGAUUUGCUCCCGGUCCCCUCCAGCAGUACUAAAGAUGAGCUGCCCUCCGCGCCUGUCAUCUCAGCUGAGAUGCCGGCCCGGGCCCUGAAAGUAGUCAUACAUGAACCCCUCUUCCCAGAGACCACCAUAUCAUCGCAGGGCUCCUACCAUGCCGUCAUCACCAGUACUCUGGCCUCCCCAGCCCAAGGCCCCCAGCAAGAGAACGGGGCACCUGGCAGCACUGAGGAGCUGGAGUACCUGGCAGCAGGUCUGAUCACCGAGGUCAUUUCUGCAGCCACCCAGGAGGUCCUCAGUGUUACCUCCUGUCCAGAGACCUGGCUCGGCCAAUCCGCCACCGAGCACAGCUUCAGAAGCACCCCACUGGCCAAUGGGAGGCCAUACUCUGAGCAAGAGCCACUCACAAGGAACAUGGCGGAAGGGCCCUCCCCAAUAAGCCACUCUGAGACAGAGUGGCGAGAGCAGCAGAAAGAAGGGAUCCCUAAUGGUUGCCCGCCUACCCCAGCAUGGGAGCACAUGGGGACAGCGAACGCACUGAGUAACCCCUGGGCAACAGCAUCCUCGCAGGAGGGGAGGCAAGAAGUGAGGGGCGUACCUAGCAACCUGGACAAACUGAAGGGAGAUGGGGGGGUGAUGGUGGCAGAGGACUCAGCCUGUAGUACGUGCCACUCUGAGGAUGGGGUCAGCAGUGAGGACCAGCAGAGCAGGGAGAACCAGGAGGAUCUGAUCCAGGUGUCAGGGAUGUCUGAGGGGGAGAGUGGUCUGCCCCAAGCCCCAGAAGAGGUAGUGACCGAGGCAGAGGUCAUGGCAGCCCUACCAGGCCAUGUGCUGGGUGCUGUUAGCCAAGUGAAGAGGCUCAACGGCAUGGGCCUGAGGAACGGUUCUCAUGGGAUGAGUGAGACUGAGACCGAUCAGUCUGGAGGCUCGGAUGUGAACAGCAUGGACUCGGUCGACAGCGGCUGCACCAUGGGAGCUAGGGAUAGUGGCAGCCCUGCCAUGGCUCUGGGCACUGAACUCAUCGUUUGGGAGAUUGAGGUGCCAAAGCAUCUGGUGGGUCGGUUAAUUGGGAAACAGGGGCGAUACGUGAGCUUCCUGAAGCAAAGCUCUGGUGCAAAGAUCUACAUCUCCACCCUCCCUUACACUCAAGAGUUCCAGAUCUGCCACAUAGAGGGUUCCCAGCAGCAGGUGGACCAAGCAUUGUCCCUGAUCGGGAAGAAGUUUAAGGAUUUGGACCUGACCAACCUCUAUGCCCCCCCACCUCUGUCGCUCACGCUGCCCUCGCUGCCCAUGACCACCUGGCUUCUUCUCCCCAGCGGUGUGACCGUAGAGGUGAUCGUAGUGAAUAUUGUGUCGGCGGGUCACCUCUUCGUCCAGCAGCACACACACCCUACGUACCACGCCCUGCGCAGCCUGGACCAGCAGAUGUUCCUGUGUUACUCCCAGCCAGAGACACCCACCCUGCCAUCGCCUGCUGAGGUGGGGGUGAUCUGUGCGGCGCCGGCGGUAGAGGGAGCCUGGUGGAGAGCCCAGGUCAUCUCCUUCUACAAAGACACCAACGAGGUUGAGAUCCGAUAUGUGGACUAUGGCGGCUAUGACAGAGUGAAGAUUGACACACUGCGACAAAUAAGGUCGGACUUCGUAACAUUACCGUUCCAAGGUGCAGAAGUAUUACUGGACAACAUUGCCCCCCUUCCAGGAGAGAAGAGCUUUUCAACAGAGGCCACCUCUGCACUGGAGGAGAUGACGAGAGGGGUAGCACUGCUUGCACAGGUCACAAACUACGACAACAACACUGGUCUCCCAUUGGUCCAGAUGUGGAAUAUGGUUGGAGAAGAGCUGCUAUCAGUGAACCGCACACUGGUAGAGCGAGCAUUGGGUACCUGGGUUGACAGCUUUUGAACCUUGCUGCCUGACCCCCCCCCCCCCCCCCACCCACCCACCACCCCUCAACCCCUUCUCAGCUCCACCACACCCCUCCUAGACCCCUUCUUCUCACCUGAUCUCUGGAGUCUGGCCCUACCAGCCCUCCAGAUACACCCCAUAACCCUUCGAUGGAGGAACACAACCACUGGAUUUGGGAAUACUUUUUGUUUGUUUUGUUUUUGAUUGUUGGGUUUUUACACCACAUUUCAAAAAUAAAUUCAAAAUGGUUGAAUGCUGAAAAGACAACGAAGUAUUUCGUUAGAAUAAGCCAACUCCUCUACUCCCCCAUACACCAAAAGAACUUGAAGACGGAAAAUAAAGUACUUGUACAUUUUUAAAAGAAAUCUAUAUUGUAACUAAAUAAAGGUCGAUCUGAUUUUUUUUGUUCCUAUCUGACUUUUCACUCCAACUUUGCCUGUGGAUUCUCAUGCUGUGGAUGUAAAAACUCAAUAGAAAACACUGUCAAUGGAGAACUAACCUCACUGUCAGCUGUAACUACAUAUUUACAAUUUAUAUUGUGACAUCGAAGGAAUUGGGCUGUGAAGUUUGGGCUAAAUGUGAGGUUUCUAGAUUAUUGUAUGUAGUGCAGUAACCAGAAUGGUGUCUGAAUUCACGGUUGUGACUAAGACUGUCCGUGGAGACCAAAAAAACCAUUAAUCUCAGCUUUGUUGGUGCUCGCCACAGUCAAGGACCCAGACGGGGUGGGGGUGAGUCCUGUCACUGACCUGGGUGACUGACAGGGAGAAGGUGCAGAACCGGGGUUCUCCUCAGCCCUGGCCUCUCCAGUCUGUACAACACUGUGGCCUUAUGGAGAAACAAAACGCGCUUCCUUUUCUGGGAUCUCCAACUGACCUGCAUGCAGACCAAGCUGACCCCUCCUUUCUCUCCAUCUAUGUGGCCCGGGGUGUCACCAUGCAAUCGCAGGUUGCCUUCAGCGUUUUUCCAUCAUCCUGACUGGCAUCACAGCUGCCACCCCCACCACUACAUUUCAGAUCCACUACUGUUAUCUGGAGCUGUUGAGUCUGGGACAUGACAUGGGGCUGAGUGGAAGGGUCGGGGUGCACCAGCUCCACUCUUUUUCCCUCGACUGACUCCAGGGGCCUGGCGUAACUCUUGGUGCAGAGUGGACACCACCGUGCGGUAGUAUUGGUGUGUGUGGAAACACUACGACCACAGACAGGCCUGUGAUACCUGACCUGGAACUUACAGAACAGCUUUGAGUUGGAGUAAUUUAGCCCUGCUCAGUCGGGAUAGGCCCAGUGCUCAUAUAAAAUAUCUGUCUGUCUUCUAAUAUGCAUGUUAACCUACCUAGGUCUGCGUCCCUCUAAUGGUCUUCACUGUGUUUUUCCUCCUACAUACUGACCCCGAAACAUUACUACACAUUUACAAUUGUGUUGCAGUUUCCAUACUAAAAAGUAGUUAAAUGGAUCCAACCCAGCGGGCUGGAAUGGGUUUUUAGCCCCUUUGCACGGUGAGAAAUGAGGUCCUUGAAGAUACCAGUCCUCUUCACUCAGCAGUGUAUGGAAGUACAGAGAAAGUGAGCCAUGAGAAUCAGUCUCCCACACUGCAGAUAUUGUUGUAAUAGAUACAGUGCAUUUGGGAAGUAUUCAGGCCCCUUGAAUGUUUCCACGUUUUGUUACGUUACAGCCCUGUUCUAAAAUGGAUUACAUAGAUUUUUUUCCCUCAUCAAUCUUCACACAAUAACCCAUUAUGACUUUUUGUUGUUGUUGCAAAUGUAUAAAAAAUGUAAAACAAACCUUUUUUUAAAUUAAGUAUUCAGACUGCUAUGACUCGAAAUUGAGCUUGGAUGCAUCCUGUUUCCAUUGAUCUUCCUUGAGAUGUUUCUAGAACUUGAUUGGAGUCCACCUGUGGUAAAUUCAAUUGAUUAGACAUCUUUUGGAAAGGCACAAACCUGUCUAUAUAAGGUUGACAGUGCAUAUCAGAGCAAAAACAAAGCCAUGAGGUUGAAGGUAUUGUCCGUAGAGCUCUGAGACAGGAUUGUGUUGGAGCACAGAUCUGGAGAAGGGUACCAAAAACAUUUCUGUAGCAUUGAAGGUCCCCAAGAACCCAGUGGCCUCCAUCAUUCUUAAAUGGAAGAAGUUUGGAAACACCAAGACUCUUCCUAGAGCUGGCUGUCUAGCCAAACUGAGCAAUCGGAGAAGGGCCCCUUGGUCAAGGAGGUGACCGAGAACCCAAUGGUCACGCUGACAGAGCUCGAGUUCCGCUGUGGAGAUGUGAUAACCUUCCAGAAGUACAACCAUCUCUGCCGCAUUUCACCAAUCAGGCCUUUACGGUAGGGUGGCCCGACAGAAGCCACUCCUCAGUAAAAAGCACAUGACAGCCCAUAUGAAGUUUGUCAAAAGGCACCUAAAGGACUCUGACCAUGAGAAACAAGAUGCUCAGUUCUGAUGGAACCAAGAUUGAACUCUGGCCUGAAAGCCAAGAGUCACGUCUGGAGGAAACCUGACACCAUCCCUACGGUGAAGCAUGGUGGUGGCAGCAUCAUGCUGUGGGGAUGUUUUUCAGAGACUGGGAGGCUAGUCAGGAUCGAAGGGAAAGAUGAACGGAGCAAAGUACAGAGAGAGAUCCUUGAUGAAAACCUGCUCCAGAGCGCUCAGACUGGGGUGAAGGUUCAACUUCUAACAAGACAACAAUCCUAAGCACACAGCCAAGACAAUACAGGAGUGGCUUCGGGACAAGUCUCUGAAUGUCCAUGGGUGGCCCAGCCAGAGCCCGGACUUGAACCCGAUCAAACAUCUCUGGAGAGACAUGAAAAUAGCUGUGCAGCGACGCUCCCCAUCCAACCUGACAGCUUGAGAGGAUCUACAGAGAAGAAUGUGAGAAACUCCCCAAAUACAGGUGUGCCAGUCUUGUAGCGUUAUACCCAAGAAGACACGAGGCUGUAAUUGUUGCCAAAGGUGCUUCAAGAAAGUACUGAGUGUAAGGUCAGAAUACUUAUGUAAAUUUGAUAUUUACGUUUUUAAAUAUUUUUUUAAAUAAAUUUGCUAAAAAUGUCAACUUGUUUUUGCUUUGACAUUAUGGGGUAUUGUGUGUAGAUUGAGAGUGAAAAAAACUAUUCAAUUUUAGAAUAAGCCUGUUACAAAAUGUGGAAAAAGUCAAGUGGUUUGAAUACUUUCUGAAUGCACUGUAGCUUUUCUCAAUGCUUUAUACUGUAGCUGUGCUUUGGUCUUGUUGGGUUUUCCAUAGGAUUAAUUGCAUUGUCAUUUAUUGAACCAAAUACAUUUUUUGAAUGUAUUUUUGAUCAUGUUUCCUGAUCGGUGUUGUCCUCCCUACUGAGGCACAGAGGCAGGACUCACCGCCAGUCUAGGCUGUAGCUUCUGCUCUACCCCAUCUGGCUUAUCCGCUUUUAGGUGUCGGAGACAUUAUUACUGUGCUUCUAGAUUUGGAGCUCUCUGUCCUGGCUCGUUGCCUCACAAUGCUUUUUUUUUUUAAAUCAAAUCGUUGCUUUUGAAUGUGUCCCGUCUGCUAAUCAUACCACACACUUGAUUUUGAUUUGCACUGCUAAUAAGGCAGCUUCCGUCCCUCUGCUUGGUCUUGUUGUGGCAGAGUUGACAUUAAGAACAGGAUAUAGUAUGGAUCUUACCUAACAGUUUCGCUUGACUGUUUUACUGUUAAAACUGACAGCAUUGGCAUGUAAACCACAUUACAAAGACUUACUUCCAAGGUGUUUAAAUGUCAGUUAUUAGUUAGUCCAAUGUAAGUACUGUAUCUCCCCUACCUUAAAAACUGUUCAUGUUUUGUGGAACCAUAGCAAGUAAGGCAUCUAGCUACUAACUUACUACAAAUUCAAGGCACUUGUCAAGGCUAGAUAAGUUUAUAGUCCAAAGCUGGUGUGGGGCAGGAGCCAUAUUGUAUGAACUUUUCAGUCCCUUAACUUUAUGUUUAAAAGAGCUGUUUUCAACCAAUGUCCUCCUCCUUGAUUCCAGCUUGGUUAUAUCACAAUCAUCGAAGAUUAAUUACUCCAUUGAUCCAAAUGACACCCAUCUGCCAUGUCACUCAAACUCCUAUCUUGCUUGAUCAAACCAGAAUUAUUUCUUGACUUGUCUGUGUAAAUACGAUAUUUCACUGAACUUUUGUAUAACACUGGAAACAAAGGGAACAUGUGUUUUUGGUUCACCCCUUCCAAAACCGCUCAUUGUUCUGUCCGUAAGGCUGGUUUGAAGUGGUUGCUUAGCUAGAUAACUAAUCAUUUGAUUAUUUAAAUGAGUGUAAGCAAUCCUGCCCAAAGCGUUUAACAUGUACAGGUCAGUUUUUGCAAGGCUCAUCAAAUGUUUGAUUCUUGGUUGUACAGAUCUAUAAAAUAAAGUUAUUAAAUGCUA